AUUGGCGGAGAGGCGGGACGAAUAACGUUUCAAUGGGUAUAACUAUUCUAGUCGCAUAUAAUACUAAUUCAGUGAGUUGCAACAUAAAAAAUUCUGCUAACUAAUUUUGUUUCCUUUAUUAAAUAGUGUUAAAAUAGAUAACUCUAAUUUCAGUCUUACAUUUUUACUACUUAUAAGUUUACAUUUCAAUCUUCUUCGACUCCUCAUAACAGCGGUAGCGGUGAAGUGAGGCGAAAUCAAAUUAAUUAUUAUAACAUUAUAUUACUCAUAAUUAGCGCUGGAUGUGAAGUGUUAUUACUUAAUUUAUUUAUUUAUACUCUGUGCAAUCCCUCACCUUGCCAUAAUUUAUAAUUAUUAUACCAACAUAAACUUGGACCAGAUCGUUUUCUGCCAUUACCUUCCGGUGAAGGAGGAGAACACACGCGGAUAUUUAAGAGAAAGGAAUUGUGGAAGGCUUUUUGUGUUAUCUACUUUUGGACAAUAUUAACAAUAAUAUAAAAUGGCUAACAACGGAGCUCCCGACUCCUGGGAACAACAAGCCGAUAGUGGUUCGGGCGACCAUAGCGAAUCCCCCGAUAUGUCUGGGAAAUUUUCCACGUUGAACGUGAACGCAGCCGAAUUUGUGCCUUCAUUCCUACCAAGACAAGCUGAACCCCUCCCGAAAACAGAUUCUCCAGAGUCAACCGAUGGAGAGGUUCCGGUUACAAACGGUGGAACGGUUGCAGAUGAGGCAUCCUGUCGAGGGAUUGAAGUAGAGGAACCUCCAGGGGAUGGGGCGCCUCCGCCUCCUGCAGACAGCUGGGAGGAAGCAGCUGAUGGAGAUAAUGACCCUCUUUUGACACCUGAAAAUGAACCAGAAGGCGAGGAAGAUGAAGAUGAGGAAGCAGAAGAAGUUAUCAAGCCCAAGAAACGACUUGUCAACAGACCUGAAGAAACCAAGAGUAAGAAAGAACAUGUCAAUGUCGUCUUUAUUGGACAUGUUGAUGCAGGAAAGUCAACUAUCGGUGGCCAAAUCAUGAACCUUACAGGAAUGGUAGAUAAACGAACACUAGAGAAAUAUGAGAGAGAAGCGAAAGAGAAGAGCAGAGAGACGUGGUACUUAUCGUGGGCAUUGGAUACUAACCAGGAAGAACGGGAGAAAGGUAAAACUGUGGAAGUUGGCAGAGCAUACUUUGAGACAGAGAGAAAGCAUUUCACCAUAUUGGAUGCUCCAGGACAUAAGAGCUUCGUACCCAAUAUGAUAGGUGGGGCAGCGCAAGCAGAUCUGGCUGUAUUGGUGAUUUCAGCACGGAAGGGUGAAUUUGAAACAGGAUUUGACAGAGGUGGCCAGACACGAGAACACGCCAUGUUAGCUAAAACAGCAGGUGUGAAGCAUCUUGUGGUGCUAGUAAACAAGAUGGAUGACCCGACAGUAGAGUGGUCAGAAGCACGCUAUAACGAGUGUCGAGACAAGAUCAUGCCCUAUCUUCGCAAGCUGGGCUUCAACCCUCAGAAGGACCUCACCUUCAUGCCUUGUUCAGGACUCACAGGCCUCGGUCUGAAGGAUCCUCUCGAUGAGAAGUUGUGCCCAUGGUAUCAAGGCGAUGCGUUUAUUCCCUUCAUUGAUAAACUUCCAUCACUGAACCGCAAGAUGGGAGGUCCAUUUGUAAUGCCUGUAGUGGAUAAAUACAAAGACAUGGGAAUGGUAGUCAUGGGGAAGGUAGAGGCUGGUGAAGCCAAGAAAGGCCAAUCAUUACUUCUUAUGCCUAAUAGGACCGUGGUGCUUGUAGAUCAGAUGUGGUCAGAUGAUGAAGAGGUCACAGCGGUAGGACCUGGUGAAAACGUAAAGAUCAAGCUAAAAGGAAUCGAAGAUGAUGAUGUUUCACCAGGUUUUGUGCUAUGCGAUAAUGCUAAUCCUAUUAAGACUGGCCGAGUAUUCGAUGCUCAGGUUGUGAUUCUGGAACAUAAGAGUAUAAUAUGUGCCGGAUAUUCAGCUGUGAUGCAUAUCCAUUGUGCAGCUGAAGAAGUGACGGUCAAAGCCUUAAUCUGCCUGGUAGAUAAGAAGACUGGUGACAAAUCGAAGACACGACCUCGUUUUGUAAAACAAGACCAAGUUGCGAUCAUGAGGGUGGAAUGUGCGGGCGUGAUCUGUAUGGAACAGUUUAAAUUAUUUCCACAGAUGGGAAGAUUCACACUUAGAGAUGAAGGUAAAACAAUCGCUAUAGGUAAGGUGUUGAAAGUUAUCGAGUAAAAUUUGUUGCUUUUCAUUUGGCCGAUAAAUUAAAAUGAGAAAGAAGACAGUUUUCCAUCAGAACCUACUACUAUAAGUGGCAGAGCAUCUGGAGAAGAAUGGUAUAGAACAAACAACAUCCAAAUAUACCAUCCAUAUAAUGCUUGAUUGGAGAAUAUGUCAGGUGCUUUCCAUUCACAGCUGGAGGUGUGUCUAAGGAGAUGUGAAGGGUGCAUGAGUGUGUAUGCCUGUAUAUAAUGGGAUAACUGGUGAGAAAGUGCAAGAAUGAUCUAUAUCAGGGCUAACCUUCCACUGAACGCUCAAAGCUAUGUCACCCAAACUUGUACCAAAUGAGAUGUCACCUUGUUUAUACAAUUGCAAUAGCCAGUCACUACUAAUGUAGUUUAUUAAAUAAGGUUUGAUAAAAACCUUGCUGAGACAUGGGGAUGAAUGUAUUUACAUAGUGCGUUAUGGUAGAAACCAUCCCCAGAUGUACAGUAUUGGAUGGUCAUCAAUUGCAACUGUAGGCAUGAGUGAUGUGUCCAAGUUUGUGGCAGUGCUACCAACCCUAUAAUGAUCUGUUGUUUCUCGUGGAGGAGGAGUCAAUGAAAUUAGCCCUGAAGGCAGUAGGCAGUUAUCAGGACAAUUCUAACUGUUCCAGCGCACAUGCCCUCCAGCUAAAGUAUAUUACAACUCUUUGGUUGCAACAUUUAAUCGCUCUUCAUGACACAGAUGACUCUUAUAAGUUGAUACUCUUCUGAAAGCAAAAUGUGGAAAAAUAGUGUGUAACGAAGAUUGCAAAUAUUAUCAGGUAACUUUUAUGACAAAUUGUGGGGAAGAGAUGUUUUCAUUUGUUUUACUGGUAGAGACUUUGCCAAAGGAAAUGAAAUUUAAGAAUUGUGUGCACCUUUGGAUUGGUUGCUUUGCUACAAAUUGAAAUGGUUGUCCUCUAUCCCACACCCUCCCUCUUCGCGAUGUAAUUGACAGCUUUCAGUGUACUGAUGCACACGUUAACGAGGCUUCGGCAGAGAUGUGCCUCAAUGAAGUGAGUUCUCUUUUUGGUAAUGUCUAUACUACUGGGAUAUUGUUGUUUAUAAAUAUGUUAACUUUAAAGGUUAGGGGAUAAUUUUAUAUAAGCAAAGACAUACCAUUGUUUUCAGUUAAUGUAAAUAACGACUAUUGUGAAUUUGUACUCCUACUUGAAAACUUGCAGAGGAUCCAAACAUACCAUAAUACAUUGUUUUAAAUACAGUUUUUUGAGUUUAGAUCUGAAUAUAGAAUUGUAUUUUGAUUGGUAUAUGAUAUUAUUUUGAAAACUGCCAAUGGUCAGGAAGUAUGUCCAUUGUCCACGAGAUGCUGGUACAUGGUUUCUCUUUGCCUUUUUAUAAGCCGCUUCAGGAGAUGCCCAUGUGUGGUGUUUUCUUGAUUACAAGAGAUUUUCACAUUACAAUAAAGGAAGAUAAAAAGUA